UGAUUAACCUUUGAAACCAUUUAAAUCGGGAAUCAAUUUUGAAAGUUACUCUGAUAACUUCGGAUACAUGGAAUAGAUAGCGUAACUGACCAGUUGUUUAUCACAUGUUUAAUAAAGCGACACACCUUACUAUCAAUGACUAUCAAAGAUCACUUGACUAAUCUCGACUUACGUGAGAAGGUAUAAUCAAAAUGGAGAGUUGGAUACUACUAAUAGUGUUUUUCAGCCUCUUAUUACAACACCUGAAAGAAAUCGACACGGAAAUCUUGGAUACCUAUCAAUAACUCAGAUUUCUUCUACAGGUGAUACAAUGUCAAAAGCAACAAAUAUUGAUAUGAACAUCAGUGCUGAUGUCAAAUCUACUGUUAAAUUAGCAACAGACUCACCAGCAAGCAUCCAAACGACAAAUGCAAACACAUUUGCCAGUAAUAUGUCCGGAACAAACAGUAUUCAAAGUGCAGCUUUUCAAACUACAGAAAAAGAAAAUAUUUUAGACCAUGAAGACAGUCACAAUGGCGUUGUUGUCGUUUAUGUUACUGUACCGAUUGCUGUUGUACUCUUGGCUGGGAUGGUACUGGUCUUUAUCCUGGUGAUAAGAAGAAGAAAAAGGCAACGCCUACGCAAAAAGAUGAGCGACAAAGAUGAAUGUAAUGAGUCAAAGAAGGAAAACAAUAAUGAUAUUGGAGUUGCAAACGAAGCAUUUACAGGUCAUAUAUUUGUUGGAAAACAACUGAAUGGUAAUGAAUCAUUAUCAAGCCUUUAUGAAGAAAUUGCGGAUACAGGUAACCUAUAUUACAAUUAUGAGACAGAUCAUAGUAAAAAUUCUGAAAACCUUUAUUAUGACUACAACAGGAGAGACACUCGUAUAGAAGGCAUCGUGGAAGAUGAAUUUGGUUACGGACAUUUUAAACAAAAGAUAAAUCCAUUAACUGAGAUCGAUGAAACUUACCAAAAUGUAGAAGAACGAACUGUUCGUCAAGAUUCCAAAGAGAUCAGUAAAAUGGUUUCUGACAAAAUAUACUCUGGGCUAGAAUCAGAUUCCUCUCCUCUAUAUAUGAAUGAUUCUGACUUGCCAUCUGCAUCAAAGAAAACUAUCAGAAAAGAAUCAACUUCUAGCAAACUUUCUGUUGACGAUGAUGAUCCACUCUAUGAUCAUGCCAAAGCUGGAGGGCAUGAAUGGGAUGGUAAAGACAGAGAUACAUGUUUAUAUGAAAAUGAGCAAAUUGUAAAUCGGAAACGUAGCCUUUUGCAAACUGUUUACAUGAGUGAUACAAACAAUAAUUCAAAAGAUAAAACAUCAAAGUCAGAGUAUGCGGGUAAAGGUGAUAUUGAAUCAAAUCAAGACAGUUGUAAAAUACCUGUUUAUCUUGAACUGGAAGCAGAGGAGGAAGAGGAUAAAACAAAUGACAACAAACAAUUUCAAGAAGCAAAAGAGAAAUUCCCAAUUACUAACAAUGAAUACGACUACGCUUCUGUUAAUGGAAUAAACAAUGGUACGAGAAUCGAUGAAAUCAAAGACAUUUGUAUAAGCGAUGAUGAGAAUACUGGAGAUAGUGAUCCUUCCCGACUGUAUUUUAUACUAGAAAAAGAAAAUACAAUACAAGUAGAGGACACCGAAUACGAUUCAACAAAUAAUCACGAAUAUUUCAUAUUGGAGAAAGUGGAAAAAUAGUUUUAUCCAAAAUCUUAGAAAUAAAAUGACUGUUAAUAAAAUAUUACAAUUAUGAGACAGAUCAUAGUAAAAAUUCUGAAAACCUUUAUUAUGACUACAAUAACCUCGUUCGAUGGUCACGAUGAUAAUAUAUAUUGAACUUAUAUGCCUGUUGAAUACCACGGUUUCAAUGUCAGCCAGAUCUGAAAAAAUAAAAUCUAAGUUUUGUAAUAUUCAUUGAUUAAUAUAUUUUAGACUGGGUUCUAACAAUAGAGGAUUUAAUAUAACUGCUGCUCAUGUCAUUGUUUUUGAAGUAUUUGUUAAAUUGAUCCUGUAUCUAAUAUCUUUCAUAUACUUUCGUAUUGCAUUCUUUAUCUAUCAAAACAGUUGCUAUUUUCUCACGCAAAUAUUUUAUGAUAUAAACAUUGACACGAGUCUGACAAAUAUUUUGUCAAUUAAAUAACGAGUGUUAUACUUUUCAAAAUCACACACGUGACAAAUUACAUCUGUCUUCUAUGAAAAGAGAACACUGUGUUUAAUUUCUACGAAGUAGACUCGAGUUAUCCGGCGCUGCAAAAAAACUUAAAAGCGCCAUGCAAUUUUUAAACAUGUCUGUCACUGUCAAUUUGUUAUUAAUAUAAAUAACAACGAUUGCAUAAACUAAUGUCUUUUGCCUUUACAAUGGUCAUGUUAAGUUAUUUUACUAGACAGUUUAUGAUUUGAUGACUUCGUAAUGUUUAAAAUUGUUUAGGUACCAUAAAAGUGUUUUUUGCGUUGGG